AUGUUCUCUCCGUCUGCUCUCGCCCUCGUCGCUCUUUCGUUCUUCACCAUCAUUGCCGUCUCUGCGCCUACUUCGCCUGAUGCUGCCACCCUUCUCAAGAACGGCCAGGAGGCCCAGGGUCUCAACUUUGCCUUCCGUACCCUCAGCGCCAACGAUGACUGCACUAGUGGAGACACCGGCUGCAUCCUCGGUGCAUCCGCCCAGUGCGUCGAUGGGAAGUGGGACAUCACCAACUGCCCCAGCCAGACCCGCUGCUAUGCGCUGCCCUCCUUCACCGGAGAAGGAACUUUUGUAGCGUGCACAAGUGAGCGCAACGCCCGCUCGUUCAUCGACGCCAGUGGCGCGGAGGGAGGAAUCGCUGUCGCCCCGUCCAACAGCACAAACAGCGCCAACUCCACAGCAUCCGCGUCCUCCACCGUGUCCUCGUCGAUCGCCAGAGCCACCGCGUCAACCAGCAAGUCUGUGGACGAAUCCCCGAAGACCGUCACAGUGACCUUCUUCCCCUCCUCCUCCUCAUCCCCAGCCAUUGCGAUAUCCACCGACCUCCCCGCGCAGACAAUCACUGUCGCUCCCGCUGCGGCGUCCAGCCUCGUCGCCAGCAUCACCGCCAACACCGCAUUCUCCGUUGUCUCCGUCAUUCAACCUAGUGGUGCUGCUUUCCCCGCCGACGCCCCAAAUGCGAAGCCAGCAGCUACCACGAUCAAGUUGACCGCCGCAGCUUUGCCCGUACAAACCACCGGCGCUGUUGUUGCUGCCAACAACGCUAACGCGUAUGGGUACUGA